UUUUUUUUACUCAACGGUCAAAAACCGAGUAUCAUUUUAAUGAGUUUGGCGCCUAAACACUUGUUAUUGUUCAUCUUGAUGUUAAUUUUAGAUUUUUUUAUAAUUUUACGAACAUAAAUAAUCUAUCGACUUUGAUAUCAAAAUGGAUAAGAUUUUCCAAUUGUAUGAAGAAUUUUUGUCCAAUGAUUGCGAUUGUAGCUCGGACCAACAGAAUCUGGACAUUGAAUUAUUAUUUGAAGAGGAUGAGAUAAUCGAUAAAUUUAAAAAUACACUCCACGGCAUUCCCAAUGCAUCAUUGACCGAAUCGAAAUCGAAUGAAAAUAACAGCCAACCACAUCCAUUAUUGGAACAACUAGCAUCAGCUUGCAAAGCAGCUUCAGAAUAUCCAAACGAAUGUUUUCGUAAAAGUUUUCCCGAUCAAACACUUAUUUCGGAAAAAUUAAAAUCAGAAACUAUUACGGAGCAGGAAGUAUUGGAAACAGUUCAAAGUUUGAUAAGUGAUGCACAGCAUAAAGAACGUGAAUAUCCUAAACGAAUGGCCAAAAUUUUAAGUGAAAAAUAUCAACAAUUAUUGAAUGAUAUCGAAAUGAAUUUCGAUGCUAUUGAAGAAAGAUAUAAAAAACAAAUGGAAUUAAUCGAACGUCAAACGAUGAAAACAUCGGAUGAGACAGAUAGAGAAAAUUUUCUCACAGUGAUCGAACGAUUGCGAAAUAAGAAAGAGCUGUUGCAGGAAAAUUUAAAAAACUACAAAAUAUUGUCAGAAAUUUUUGAACAAAAAUGAAAUUUCAUUGUUUUUUAUUAAAUAAA